AUGGUAUCCGCUGCCGCGUCCUCGACUUCUUCUCUGGGAUCAUCCUCUCCCUGUUUUCUAGGCCAAAAGUUCCCCUCCAACAGCACUACUAGUUCUUCUCUCCCUGCUCCGUCUUGUGUCAGAUUCCGGUCACCUCGAGUCGCCGCUACCUACACCUCGGCGGAGAAGACCAGGUCACCUCACCUCUAUUCUUCCAACAUGGCUUCGCCGGCAUCGCUUUAUGAAGUUCUCUGUAUACCAAGAAACGCUACCUUUCAGGAGAUCAAGGCAGCAUAUCCGCGGUUGGCGCGCGUUUGUCAUCCCGAUGCGGUGGCCACAGACCUAAAAGACACAUCGGCCAAUGAAUUCAUGAAGAUCCACGCCGCCUAUACUACUCUCUCCGAUCCUCAAAAGCGCACCGAUUACGACCGGGACCUAUUCAGCCGGCAAAGACUUUAUAGAUCUCCGUCGUCCGCCUCUUCCAUGUCUGGAUUUUCUGGCUAUACUCGCCGGAAUUGGGAGACGGAUCAGUGCUUGUAG